AUGAAUUAUCAAAUGACAUCUCCAAUUCUUCCCGGGCUUUGUCCUCAUUUCCCACCAUCAAUGUAUCCAUAUCUUGGAUAUCCUGUUAUCCCAUCAAUAACUUUAAAGGAAAGUCCUAUGGUUCCAUCAUCUGGUAGACCACCUCGUCCAAGAAAUCUUAAUUCUUCAGAUUCUGAUUGUAAAACUCAACUUUAUGAACUUUUAAACAAAGUUAAACUUAUAAUUGAUGGUGAUAUUCAAAAAAUGGCUCAAAAUUGGUCAGUAAAAGAUUUUAAAAAUCGAAGAAGAUUAAUACAAUUUAUUAGACGUGUUGAAGGUGAUGAAAUUAGAGUAACUUUUAAACCUGUUAAACCUGAUAAAAGACCAAAAUAUGGAAUUUUUGUUUCAUGUAUUUGGUGGGAAGCAAAAGAUGAAUAUUAUAUUACUUCAGUAGAUUGUAUUUAUUUAUUAGAAUGUUUAACUGGAAUUAGAUUAACUCAAGAUGAAAAAAAUCGAAUUCGUAGAAAUUUAGAAAUUUUUAAACCAUUAACUGUAGGAAAAAAUAAGAAAGAAAGUGAAGAUUUAUUUAGAGUUAUCAUGGGAUUUCCUGCUCCGAAACCUAGGAAUAUUGAAAAAGAUGUUAAAGUCUUUCCAUGGAGUUGUGUCAUAUACGCGAUUAAUAAGAUUUUACGCAAGUACAUGAAUAGUGGUCCUGCAACAAAUAUUUCUCAAAGCAUGACGAAUAAAGAUGCAGAUGG